AUGACUUCCGUGUCGGAGGUCGUGGAAUUGAAGCCCGUUGUGAUUGUGGAGACCUUGCUUCUUCUUUUAACGGUGUACAUGCCUGGCGCGACGACGAUGCUGAUGAUGAGUUCUCCGGAAGCAAUGAUGGACAUUUUGAGACACUGGUGUAGGACUGGGAUUUUGACGAGUAGGAUUAUGUCCCUUGUAGCGACUUUUUGCCUGAGUGAAUGCAACUGGAAAGGUUGUUCGAUUGUGUUAACAUUGAUUUCUUUUGUCAUUUUUUCUAAUGGAGCAUGCGCCUAUACAGCCCGUAAUAUUUUAUAUCCCAAAGUUGGAAUUUGCAACUUUGGUUACCAUAAUCAGAAUGUUAUACAUCUAUUUAAUGACUUGGCUCAUUUUUCGUGCUUGAAACAAGUUCCUCUUUUCAAGCUGCAUCUUUCUCAAGUUUCGAAGCUGAAUCAAUCCGUCUCUUAUAGAAGCUGUAAUUUCAGCAAAUUUAGUAAGUAUCACGUAGCCUUUUCUGCGUCUUAUUCUAUUCAAUGGCAUUUACAAUUGCUUGAAUUUAAGAAGGGUAUGAAGCAUGACCCUCGGGUUAUGUCCUUCAAUCUUGGAAGGAGGAGUCCAUUGAUUUUGAUGGAUGACCGUCUUCUUGGAAUGUAUGUUUGCAAACCUUACACAGCUUGCAAGUUGUCCAUGGAAAAUAACUUUUUGACAGGCAAGCUUCCGGACAAUAUUGUCAGCUUCAGAAGCCUCGAGUUCUUGGACGUGUCUAACAAUCUAUUUUCGUUUACUUUACCAAAUGGGUUUGUUAAAUUAGGGAGCUUAAAGAACUUCUCCUUAGUUUGUAAUAACUUUUCUGGCUCAAUUCCAGAUUCUUUUUCUGGACUUGUAUCGGUCCAGUUUGUGGACUUGAGUCGCAAUUCCUUUUCUGGGUCACUGCCAACCACUAUGACUGAGAUGAAUAACCUGCUAUAUUUGAAUCAUUCUUUCAAUAGGUUGAUUAAGAGAAUUCCAAGGGGUUUUGAGCUCAUUUCUGGUCUACAAGUGCUCGACUUGCAUGGGAAUAAGUUUGAUGGCCAUCUAGAUGGGAAGUUUUUUCUUCUUACUAAUGUCAGCUAUGUUGAUUUGAGUGUGAAUAUGCUGGUCAGCUCUAGUCCUGAGAAGUUGUUGCUGGGUAUUUCUGAAAGCAUUAAGCACCUGAAUCUCAGCCACAACCAGCUCACUGGAUCAUUGCUGGCGGAUGUGCGCUUAUGUGCAAGCUUGAAGAUUUUGGACUUGAGAUACAAUCAUCAUUCCGGGGACUUGCCUGGAUUUGAUUUUGCUUAUCAACUUCAAGUCCUGAGGCUCCGCAAUAACUUGUUUUCAGGGUCUGUUCCUAAUGAUUUACUGAAAGGAUAUUCAUCACUUUUAACUGAAUUGGAUUUGAGUGCCAACAAUCUCUCAGGACCAAUAAGUAUGAUAUUGUCAAUAACAUUACGCGUCCUUGAUCUCUCAUCCAAUGGGCUUACUGGCGAACUUCCUUUAGUGACAGGAAGUUGUGCUGUGCUUGAUCGGUCAAACAACCAAUUUGAAGGAAAUCUAACCAAGAUAAUCAAGUGGGGAAUAUUGAAAACCUUGAUCUUAGCCAGAAUCCUUCAAGUCCUAGAUCUUAGUUCCAACCAGUUGGAUGGACCACUUCUUUGUGUGCAAGUCAAGAAAGAGCACUCUCUUGAGUGUGAAUGCAAUAUUCUGCUGAUUAUGGAAGGUCCGAUGUGUCAACUGGCCCUUGAUCGGCCUGAUGUCGUGGGCCGGCUGAAGGCCGGCCGACCUGCCUUCCUUUGGGUCUUGACCGGUUCGAUUCAAAUCGAACCGGUUGGGCUUGGGUUUGGCUCCGUUUUUCUGAAUUCUUCUGACUUUGACUAUUUGAUCCUGUUUUAA